AUGGAGAAGGAGAAGAAGAGGAAGAAGAGAGGGGCCAACCAAAACAAAAUCAAUAUUCAGUCGUUGUAUGUAGUUGGCGAAGAUGGAGGGAGAAGUGGCGGCCCGAGAGGCCGUCAAGACGAGGCCGGCGCCCGCUUCCAUGGCCCCCGAUUUCGCGACGUAACCCCUUCGGGCCUUACCGAAGCCGGCGUUUGCGGGGCUCCCAAAGACGGGAAUGCGAGGCGGGGAACGGAGGGGUAA